AGCGCAAGAGAGCCGGGAGCCUGUGCUCAUUGCAGCCAUCAGAUUGCAGGAGAGUGCAGGGGAGUGCUAGGAUCAUGUUCUUCCUGAUUGAGUUGAGUAAGUGCAGUAGAAUGCGGCAGGUUGUGCCAGUAGCAGGCAGAGCUGAGGCAGUCUCCAGGCAUGUGGGAGCGGGCACUUCUACCCUUCCUUGGGCUCUUCUUCUGGGGGCGUAUUGUUUCCGGGUUUGACGAAUAUGAGGUUGUAUUCCCGCAGCUUGUGGGGAGCCGGGAGAGAAGGCACUUACAUCAGCACUAUGAGGAGCAAUGGAAUGACAACCUGCUCUACUCUGUCCAAACUCUCAAGCAUAAACUUCUCCUGAAACUCCAGAGGAACAGGGGGCUUGUGAGCCCUGGAUUUGAGAGAUUCACUUACAGUAAAGAGGCCGGAUUUCAGGUCUUCAACCGCACUCAGCUGAGUCACCACUGUUAUUACCAUGGGGAAGUGGAAGGAAUGAAUGGCACAGUUUUGGCAUUCAGCACAUGUGAUGGCCUAAGGGGUGUCAUGUACAUGGCAGAAGUGCAUUAUGGGAUAGAGCCUGUUGAAAAUGCAACCAAUGGAGAGCACCGUCUGUUCCAGAUACCCGAACCCAGUUCGCCAUCUAUCUGUGGUGUUGGGGACCUUCAUACAGACGGUUCAAACCCACCUCUGCCUGUACACUUUAGGCUGCAAAGGACAAAACGAGCUGUCCUUACAACAACCAGUUAUGUGGAGCUGGGGGUCGUGGUGGAUAAUCUCAGGUACCAAGCGGACAAGUCAAAUGCGACAGCAGUGGAAGAGGAAACAAUUCGCUUAAUAAACAUUGUGGAUUCGAUGUUUCGUUAUCUGAACAUCAGAAUCGUCCUGACCAGUCUGACCAUAUUCGACCAGAGUAAUCCAUUCGAUGUGCAAAGUGGAACUGCGGGAGAUGUACUUGGAAGGUUUUCUUACUGGAAGGAUAUAAAUAAAGGGUUGAAAAGAAGUGACAUCUCUCACCUAUUGAUAGGUCGGGGCACAUACAACGGAGUCAUUGGGAUGGCCUUUGUUGGAACUGUGUGUUCACCCUCUAUUGGUGCUUCAAUCAGUACAUUCUCUGUAGGUAAAUCCCUGCUGGCACAUGCUCCAGUAGUUGCCCACGAGCUGGGACACAACCUUGGGAUGAGCCAUGAUGACUCCACAUGCCCAGGUGCCUAUAUAAUGCAUUCAACUGAUAUUGGAGCACAGAGUUUCAGCAGCUGCAGCGCCAAUGAUUUUGAAUCACUUAUCCUGAGAGGUGGCGGCACCUGCCUGAAGAAUUUUCCCGAUCCCAACCAAGUGCUGAGUAUCCCUACGUGCGGCAACAACAUUGUGGAAGCUGGAGAGGAGUGUGACUGUGGGUCGCCCCAGGAAUGCCAAAAUCCUUGCUGCAAUGCUGCCACCUGCAGGCUGACUAGCGGCUCACAAUGUGCCCAGGGUUUAUGUUGUGAAAGCUGCAAGUUUAAAGUCGCAGGCACACCUUGUCGCACUGUAGCUGAUACCUGUGACCUGCCCGAGUACUGCAAUGGAUCCCACGCCCUGUGCCCAGCAGAUUUCUAUAUCAUGAAUGGCUUCCCUUGUAACAGCUCCAGAAACUACUGCUACAGCGGCGUGUGCCAAAACUACGAUGCCCAGUGCCGAGAUCUCUUUGGCAAAGAUACCAGAAAAGCUGUGGAUCAGUGCUUCCAGCAAGCAAACCUGAAAGGCGAUAAGUUUGGAAACUGCGGAAUCAAUGGGGACAACUAUAAGAAAUGCUCAAUAGCUGACAGUCUGUGUGGGAAACUGCAGUGCACAGGAAACCCCAAACCCAUCCUGAAUGCAAACGUCCAGUCAUUCUAUGUGAAUCAGAGCCAAAAUUUUCUGUGUGUGACAGCGGAAUUUGAUCUGGGCACCGAUGUCCCCGACCCAGGAUUAGUCCAUCAGGGAACAAGCUGCGGGGAUGGCAUGGCCUGUGCCAACUACAGUUGUGUGAGUGCCACCAAGAUGGGAUACAACUGCGAUGUGAAAGCCAAGUGCAACGACCGUGGGGUGUGCAACAAUAAUGGCAAUUGCCACUGCAACGACGGUUGGGCCCCCCCAUACUGUGACCGGUCCGGCUAUGGUGGCAGCAUUGAUAGUGGCCCUGCUCACAUUGACACCUCUUUGCGAGACGGAUUGCUCAUCUUCUUCCUGCUGGUUCUGCCAAUCCUGAUUGUAAUAGUUGUGGCCUACAUUAAACGCGAUGAGCUCCAGAGAAGGUUCUGCAAAAGGAGGAACAGGCAAAGAAGGGAAAAUGAAAGAAGGAGGGAGCAGCAGCAACAGAGCAAUAACACCAACCGCAACGUUCCCCCAAGCACUGCCAGCAAUAAGCCUGUGACCGUCCUCUCCGAUGUCUUCAAUAUAUCACACAAUCUGCCACAAAGGCAGCCGAUGCCCAACAUGGGAUCAGUACCACCUGCUUGGCCGAAUCCACCACCACUCCGUCCUCCUCCUCCCCGACCACCGCCCAUUCAGAAUCCUGACGCCUGAACAUACUCACACACUGAAGCUCUUGUGCCUAAUACAUACCUCCCAACAUUUUGGAAAUAAAAAGAAGGACAAAAAAUGAUUUCGCACGUAGAACAGCGAAAUGUUUUGGACAGACCCCUUUCUGUGGCCACACCCCCUAAUUACCAUGUUUAUUUUACAAAAUUUGGCAGGUUAUGAAAGUUUGGAAAUAUUUCUCCUUAUCUAAACUGUUUUUUUUUGUGUCUCAAAAUUAUUACAAAGUAUCUUAUUUGCACCUGUUAGUUGUUCUGGGCUCUCUGCUAAAAGCCAAUUAAGUGAGAAACUUUGUUUCUUUUUCUGGCUGUUCAGUGCAGAGAAAAGAGGGACUUUCCAGUACAAAUGAGGGACUGCGGGUUGAGCUGUCAAAAGAGGGACUGUCCCUCCGAAAAAGGGACAGUUGGGAGGUAUGCUAAUACUGUAUUUCUGAGAUACACCAGGGUCUGAACCAAUAGAUAAAUACCCAUGAGCCUCUGGGGCGUCUCACCAAGAACAAAAGGUUCCCCAAUGCAUCCAAAGCAACAACUGAAAUUCAGGCCAAGAGCCCAGAGGAAGGAGCGACACAAUUAAUAGGGAGAAACAAUGGAAGCUCCGUGGUGACAUUUUCAAUGCACUUAAAUGACCUUGAUGUAAGAAGUAUUGUGUAUAAAGGUCAUGCCAUGUCAUACAGCUGGAUUUUAAUAUGAAUAAACGUGAUCAUGUAUUUACUACUACAGGUAUAGGAUCCGUUAUCCGGAAACGCAUUAUCCAGAAAGCUCCAAAUUACAGAACGGCUGUCUCCCAUAGACUC